GAAGCUUCUGGCUUUCUCUUCUCAAAAGACUUGGAAAUGCAGCUCUGUUUGCUUGGAGAACUUGAGGGAUUCCAGCAAGGACUCGAUGGCCGAGAUGAACCACCUGUGCCAAGGGCUGACGGGCCUGCGCAACCUGGGCAACACGUGCUACAUGAACGCGGUCCUGCAGUGCCUCUGCAGCAUGUCCCCCCUCGUGGAGUACUUCCUCUCGGGAAAAUACGUGGCCGCCCUGUGCAAGGAGAACGGYGAGUCUGCGACUGCCUUUGGCUACCUGAUGUCGGACAUGUGGCUCGGGGAGUUUGACUGCGUUUCCCCAGAGGUUUUUCGUUCGGUCCUCGGGGAGCGGUACCCGGCGUUCACCAAGCAGACUCAGCAGGACGCGCAGGAGUUUCUCAUCUGUGUGCUCAACGAGCUCCACGAGGCUCUCAAGAAGUCAAGCAGCCGAAGAUGCCAAGGAAAUGCAACUGGUGCAAGAGAAAACAGAGCGAUCGCUGGUGAAACAUCUAUUAUCACACAGCUAUUUGAGGGCCAACUCAGUUACGACAUUACGUGCCUGGAGUGCGAGACCACCACUGACAAACCCGAGAUCUUCACGGUUCUYUCUCUCCCCAUCCCCUCUGAGAGGGCGUGCUCUCUGCAGGACUGUCUCAAAUGCUUCUUUCAGCAAGACACACUGACUUGGAACAACCAAAUCCAUUGUUCCUGGUGUGGGACAAAACAAGAUGCUGCAGUGAAGGCCAACUUAACCAAGGCACCAAAGAUAAUUAUUUUUCAUUUAAAGAGGUUUGACUGCCAAGGCACCUACAAAAAGAAGCUUUUAACUGACAUUUGCUACCCGCUCAGCAACUUGGACCUGUCUCCGUACAGCUCGCCGCUCUUCCGCAGGAACUGCAAGUACAGCCUGUGCGCUGUCGUGAACCACUUUGGCUUUCUGGACGGCGGCCACUACACGGCGUUCUGCAAGCACUCGGUCACCAAGGGCUGGUUCAGCUUUGAUGACUCACAGAUCACGGCGAUCCCCAGCUCCUCCGUGCAGACUGCUGCAGCCUACCUCCUCUUCUACACCUGCCAAGCCUUCUCUGCACCCACCAAAAGCCACUAGCAGUGACUUAACAGUGAGUAAGCCGGUGAUCCGAGUUCAUUGGCAGCAUUAACUCAGUCCUGUUUCAUCAAUAAACAACAAGUAUUUGCAUUACUGGAUAAUAUGCUGUGAUCUUUUAGGAGGUAAUUUCUAUAGCAAACUCUGAAGUUCUGGCUUUCAA